AUGUUUCAACCUGCAACAAUCAGUUUGGAAACAUUUUUGGAUAAAGGACAUCAAUCUGUCAUUUUGCUUAAAAAAAAAAAAAAAUCAAAUUCUCAUAUGGUACUUUUUUUACGUGGACUCACUCUUAUUCAUCGAUACAUUCAUAUUUUUGUGUUAUUCAUUUUCUUUCUAAUAUUUCUUUUAUGGACACGAAAAGGGUCACAAGUAGCAGAGAUUAAAUUAGCAGUAUUGACAAUAUUAAAAGAUUUUACUAAUAUUAACGAUUAUCAAUUAGCAAUGGAAACAUUCGAAUGUUAUUGCAUUUAUCAGCGAUAUGAAUGGGUGAUAAUCGAUAUAUCACAAAAUGAUACAUUAAAAUUACUUUGUCCACAAAAUGAGUUUUUCUUUCAACGACAUUGUGUAACAGCGCAAUUUUUACAAGAAAAUGAUAAUUUUGAUUAUGUAUUAUUUAUUGAUUCUGAUAUGGGUGUAAUCAAUCCAAAAAAACGAAUUGAGGAAUAUAUUAUGGAUGAUAAAGACAUUAUUUUUUAUAAUCGUAUUUGGAAUUUUGAAGUGAUGGCUGGAAGUUAUUUAGCUAAGAAUACUAAAUUCGUUAUCAAUUUUUUACGAAUGUGGGCAAAUUAUAAUUAUCGUUUACCACAUUCAUUUCAUGGAUCUGAUAAUGCUGCUAUACAUACAGUUUUAUUACACAUUGCAUCAAUAAGUGGUAAAUCAUGGGCACGUGAUGGUUGGCUUACCAAUUCCAAAUGGUCUGAAGAAGAUUUCAUUUUUCAUGGAUGGCAAAAACGGCGUUUAAAUAAACAUUUAUUUGCAUCAUGGAAAUUGCCAUUUUUAUCAACAAAAUUUAAUAUGUCAAUAUGUGGCACUCAUAAUUACAUUGAAAAUUGGAAAUACAAUAAAAGUUUUGAAAUGAAAAUAUUUCAGUUUCAUAUAAUAAUUAUUUGA